AUGAUCGGAAUGAUGAACAACCCGUCGAACUCGGUGGAGUUCUACUCGGCGCGGAGAGGAAGCCAAGAAGCCGAAGUGGAAUUCGUCGAGGGUCCGAAGAAGAGCCACGUCCAGUAUGCGGCCGAUGGCCGAAAAAUUAUCGACGGUAAAGUGGUGCCGGAGCCGGCUGGGCGACUUUGGACUCGGACCCUAUUAAGUGGUGCGAUCAACCACGCGAUGGGGACCGGAAGCAAUCCUGAAGUCAUGGACGAUGAAGAGCGUGGCCCUCGGGGCCAACAGGGACGACAGCAGAAGAUCAGACUCGUACUCCCCGUCGCCCUCCUCAUCUGCCUGGCGUCAAAGAUCGGCGCCCAGGAUACGACUUACAACGGCCGCGAACUGGCUGGCCUGGUCGGAGUGGUCGACCUGCUCGGCAACGUGCGGCGCGUGUGGCUAUCAGACACGGACGAGGAGUUGCUUGACUACGAAUCCGGCCUGUACUUGUCCGGGGUAUGUGUUGAGUCGACGAUGGUGGAGACGUGCAACCUGGCGGUGUGCCGCUAUCCAGCCGCCUUUGCGUGCUGUCUGGGACAGCCGGGCCAAUACCGCGGCUCUUUCGCGUGCCUCGAGGCGAACACGACGACCACGACGGCCCCAGCCGGA